AUGGCGACAAACAGAAAAGACUAUAAGCUAUACAUACAUGGUGAUCAAGGAAACAAAUGCUCCAGAUCCCGAUGGAAGUGUCGCUGGGUCUGGGGAUGCAGAUACAGUACCUGGCAGGGCUGUUGCGCCUGGGGCAUGAUAAGUCAGGAAUAUGAAGAGAGGGAAUACUACUGUUGUUCUGGUUGGAGACAUAACGGGAACCAGAUCUGUAAUAUAGCAAUUUGUCCCUAUGAUUGCGGAGGAAGUGUGAGAGGAAAAUGUGAGACCCCCGGCAAAUGUAAAUGUAACCAAGGAUAUGUAGGAGAAUACUGUCUCUCGGUUGGCUCCUGCUCUCGCUUUCGACCUUGUUUUCCUGGAUACUGCAGGGGAGAUAACACAUUUCUCCGAUUUGCGACUUUGAAUUUACCUGCAAGGCCUGGUUAUGUUUUUGCCGUCACAUAUCGUGCAAAGAAUGGCGGAUAUCGUGUUCUUGAUUAUAAUGAAGGGAUAGAAUAUUUCAAUGGUCAUGAAGUUAACAAAAUGAUAGAUGUCAAGUUUGACACAGAAAAUCCAUAUCACUGUACAGAGAGGAAGAACUGUGGCAUUGGUACACCAUCGUUUUUGCUCAAGGUUGCUAAUGAUGUCACAAAGACCGCUAUCCAGUUUACUUGGAAUGGGUGGAGGGACGACUUAUCAAAGGUUGCUCGAUACGCUCUCGAAGUUUUCAAGCUGGAACCAGAUGGAGAUGGCGAACUUAAAGAACCAUACACAGAUACCGUAGAUAAUCCACUACCUUUAAACAUUACCGAAUUUAACGAAACCACUAUUGGGUCCCAUACAUUCUCCUAUAGACCAGACAACCCAGGCGUUUAUUCUUGGAUUUUGGAAGUAAAUGACAAAGCCAAUAACUCGGUGUAUGUUCGGCGUAUUGUUAUUUAUGAUCCAGUUUCAACUGUGACGACAGACAGCUCCAGAUUGUAUGCGUCCUCUGGAAAUCCGAAUGCAUCCUUUAACUGGCAAACUCAAAAUCCUUUGACAGCAAAGAUCACUUGGAAAAAACACUUUUUAAAUUCUUUACAUGAAAAUGGAAAGUUUUUAAAUCGUGUCAAGCAUUUUCCUGAUUCCUUAGCAGAUGGCGGAGAUCGUAAUGGCUACAAAAUAAUUCCGAAGAAAUAUGAUGACUACAGUGGUGAGAGAACAAUAAACGCUAUACCGAAUGAACGAGGUAUUGUUAGAUAUGACGUGGCUUAUUACAAUGGAAAAGACCAACAAUUGGCACCUACAUAUCAGAUUCAAAAUCUUGAGUACAAUGAAACUGAACAGACAAUUGAUUUAGGCACACCAUUGGAAGAUGGCAGAUCAUUAAUCGUUUGGGUUAAAGCCUACGAUGUACUUGGCAAAACAAACGAAGAGCGUCUGGUUCUACAUUACGAUUCAUCGAAACCGUCAGUGGAAUCACAAACAUUGCAAAGAAAUGUGGGGACAGAUAAAAUGGAUUAUAGAAGCAGCAUACAAGUUAUUGGAGCCUCGGAUCCCCACAGUGGAGUUAAGAUAAUCAAAUACCGCUUCAUUGAAAAGAGUACAGGAAAGAUCAUAAAUAAUAAAGAUUAUGAAUUUGAAAAUCCAAAAAGAGACCGAGGAUACUGCAACAAACAUCCCUGUGAAACAAUCUCAGCAACUAAUGAGACAUAUAGCAAGACUAUUGACCUUGACUUUGAGAACUGUUAUGUCAUGAACGUGAGUAACGUUUCUACCGAGGUAGUAAGAAUGGAGAUGGAUUUUUAUAAUUCAGCAGGCCUCUACGUUACUCGACAAAUAGAGAUAGCCAAUCUAACUACACUUAAAGGUGUCAAUGAUUAUUUUGGACCUACAGACAUAAGAGUAGCAGAAAAAUUAAGUGCAACAUCGGUGAAAAUCAUGUGGAACCAGGCACCGAGUUGUUAUAAUCAACAAGGCAUCAAUUUCACCUAUAUAAAAGCUAAUAGCAAAGAUGAAAACUUGUUUAAAGUACACAAGAGUUCGGACUGGUUCACAAUGGUUAACUUGGACCCAGGAAGCACCUAUAUUCUCAGAUUGUAUACGCUCUACGGUGACGAUGAGAGAAACCCUAUCAAAAGUGAAAUGUCAGAAUUCAACUUUACAACAAUUUUGGAGCCGGAGAAACAAACAGGUAAUGCAGCGGCACUGACAGGAGGCGUGGUUGGCGGUGUUUUAGCAUUAAUCAUCAUAGUACUGUUUAUAAUCAUUAUGGUAAGAAGAAGAAAAAUGAAAAACCCAACAGAGCGACUGCAAAGACUUCCUUCGAAGUCUAACACCUACAUUGACAACAAUCUGUCAAACGUUGAGAAAAGACUGAAUAAUACUGGUGUUCCGAAGAGCUAUAAUAAUCGUGCCUACUCUCAGGAGUUUGACGACGACGUAUACUACGCUGACAAUGAGACCCCUCUAAGGUAUCAAAUAGUCCGAUCGAGAAUUACAUUCGAGGAGGAGAUUGCCAGAGGAAAAUUCGCCAUUAUCUACAAGGCCAAGUAUUGCAGAGAUAAUUCCUCAACAACUGUCGUAGCUAAAACAUUAAAAGAAAAUCCAACUCAAGCGGAUAUUGAGACCAUGCAUGCUAAGGUUAAUUUCUAUGCGAUGAAGAUUGGAGAACAUCCCAAUGUUCUGAAGUUUAUAGGAGUCGUUGAUGACGACGUCCUUGGUAGAUUUAUGAUACUGGAGUACUGUGAAAAUGGGCCCUUGAAAGACUAUCUAAAGACUAAUAAACAUAGAGUUAACGACGACAUGCACGAGAAACUGUUCCGAUUUGGCUGUGGAAUUUGUAAAGGAAUGAACUACCUAGCUUCUCAAGGGGUUGUACACAGACGUCUCGCGGCCAGAAACAUUUUGCUGACGUUCCUGAUGGAAACAAAAAUCACAGGAUUUGGUCCAGAGCCUCGGGAUAAUGAUGGCGAUUCCAAAAACGAGAGAAUUCCUAUUAAAUGGAUGGCACCGGAGUGUAUAAAAACCACAAAAUACGCCACGGAAAAGAGUGAUGUUUGGUCUUAUGGUGUGCUUCUCUGGGAAAUAUUCUCUAUGGGCGAAUCCCCGUAUGAAGGAAUAAGGAGUAAUGAAUUGGAAUCUAAAUUAAAACGAGGCGAACGACUGAAGAAACCGGAACAAUCCGAUGAUGUUUUCUACAAAAUCAUGAAAAAAUGUUGGCAAUAUGAGAGCGGAAAGCGUCCAAACUUUGAAGAAAUCCAUGAUGAACUUCAAACUCUGUUCACCGGAAACAUCGACGGCGAUGAUUAUUACUACACUCAAGGAGGAGUUUACGACAACCGAAAACGAUGAACAAAUAUAUAUCAUUUAAAAUCCAUUAAUUAUUUAUUUAC